AGCAAAACCGACUGCGUCUUUUGAUCAUGUUUAUAUCAUAUGUGUAAAGUGAUGUGUAGUCACAUGAAAUUAAGUAUUUUCUUAUCCUUUUUUAAACAAAUUAAUGACAUUUGAAGACAAUUCUUUUCUAAGUUCUUGCAGUCAUGAUGGACGACACAACUUCAUGUAAAAUGCCAAACAGCACGACGCUUUUGGAAAACAGAGUUCUCAGUGCUCAAGAAAUAUUCAAAUAUCGCAGACCCUUGGACAAAACCGUGCCAAACAGAGGAGGGGCUAAAGACUUUGAACCUGAUGGAUCAUUUCUUCAAUCAAAGUGGAUUGAGUCUUUAAGCCAGGAGAGAUUCAAGGUCCUAAAAGAACAAAGAGUGGAGCGAGAGGGUGGUUUGGUGAAAGGAGAAUGGAACAAAGACCGUCAACUUGUUGAACUUGAACGAGAAAUGGGAAAGUUUUGGACGUAUAUGGGAUUUGUAGACAGCAGUAGGAAGUGGUUGUUUCCAGAGGAGGCACUGUUCCUUAUGGAAACCAACACACUGGUGGUGAAUUACAAAGGCUUGCCUAUCAGCAUCCAGCAAGCAUAUACAGCAUUUUUAGGAACUGUUGCUUUGACCACAGAGUGCUACCAAGUCUAUUCUCACCUGAGGAGACUGGGAUAUGUUGUACUGCGACAUCAAGGAUGCCUAGAUGUCACAACUUAUGAAAGAAAAAUCCAUUUAGACCAACAUGUUAAAAUGGACAAAAAGAAAAGGAAACAUAAGGGAGACAAUACAUCUGACACCUCUGGAUUAGAUCAACUUCACAAGAAAGUCAAAGUUGCAUUAGAUGACUCAGAUAAAGAAUUGAUGAAAGAACAGCUUGAAAAUUCUUGCCCAGAAAAAUGUGCAUCACUUAUGGACCUGGGUGGGUCAUCCAUAAGUGAAGGAGUGAUUGAGGAUAGAUGUGACAGCAAUGGGUGGAACACUAGUGGGUCAACUAAUCAAACCGACACUGGAAUAAAAGAGAGUGAUUUGGCAGAGGAAUGUGAUGGACAAAGUGUACCUUAUUCGGUGUGGGAGUUUGACAGAUUGGGCUUCCCUAACAUAGGAGGUGUAGAGGUGCUGGAGUUACAGAUACCUAGACUUGAUCUGCUUCCACAUGGUGUAGACCUGAGUAAAGCGUCAACCAUAUUUAAUGUUCAGACUUACCUUUCACAGCAAAGAAAACACCUUAAAAAACAUCAUAGACAACAACAGCAGGAAUGCAUAGAAAAUUUAGAAUUCUCUUAUUCAGAAAUGAUUCAUAAACAGACGAAAAUAAUGGCCUCAAAUUGGGGAGAGUUUAAAAAGAAGAUGGCAAUCAGAGACAUGGAGGAUAAAAGAGUCUCUCCAGCACAGCAUCUUUGGGAGGGGGAGAUAACUCCAUUAGUAAGACCAAGUGAUGCUACCUCCACAGGCAGUAUCUUGAAUAGAUUGCAAAUCAUUGAAAGUGUUAAUUUAACAAAGGGACCUAGGUCUCAGAUAGACACACCCAGUACUUUACCUGGUGGAACCAUAUUUGAUGUUUACCUACCAGAUGCCAAGUUCAGAAAGUCAAGGCCUGGACUUCCUAAUUACAGAGUCUGUGUCUCAAAGAUUCAUGAAAAGCCGCCAAAUCUCCAGGAAAUUUUGAGUACCCAAAGAUCAUUUCCUGAUGGUGUUCCAGUUAGCUGGGCAGUACUUGACCAUGGAGACAUAGCCUUCUAUCAAUUCACAGACAUCUCUCUGCCACAGGAAGUGUCAAUGGGGUAGGCACGAUUCUGGGCUAGCUAGCUACUGAAACCAGUGAUAUCUCUCUUCCACAGAAAUGUCAAUGAGAAACAUACCAACUGGGCUAGCUAGUUACGAGUCCAGACAUCUCUCUCCCACAGGAAGUGUCAAUGAGAAGCCUACCAACAGGGCUAGCUACCUGUCAAGUCAUUUUUCUCCCACAGGAAGUGUCAAUGAGAUAUGUACCAGCUAGGCUAGCCAGUGCAAGCCCAAGCAUUAUUCUACCAUAGGAAGUGACAAUGAGAAACUUACCAAUUGGGCUGGUUAGCUACGGAAAACAGAGACAUCACUCUCCCAUAGGAAGUGUUAAUGAAGUGUCAAUUUUUAUCAAGGUAUUUGUUACAGAAUUAGGGUUGCUAUUUUAUUGCUACUUAUAUAUAUAUAUAUAUAUAUAUUUGUAAUUCUGUAAAUGUGCCAGUGUACUUUGAAAUCUUAUUGUGACUUGGGGUUUGCUCAAGACAUUUACAUUCAACAUUCACAAAUUAUUGUUCAGUUGUACAAAAUCUACAGCUGUAACAUGUGCUGUACUUUGCUCGACCUGGUACUUGAUAGUGGUACACAACACAGCUGUGUCAUGUGUAUUCUAAUCCUGUUUACUGCUCCUGUCUUUCUUCAUUGAUAACAAAAGACUGGUUUAUAAAUGGUUGUUUUUUAUUAUAUAAAAAAAGUUAUGGAAUUCUAUAA